AACUUCGUAAACCUCGAACGUGACACGUGUCAGUUUUGCUACUCUAGAAAUGUAAGGUCAUCUUGGCGGAGCUGCCUUUUUUUGGUGGAAGAUAGAAAUCCAGAGAAUCUGGGUCUUGGUUUGGCGCCCUAAAGCUUCUCUCUCUGCACACAGAAAAUGGCUGUAGCUCAAAUUUCUGCCUCUCUCUCCUUUUCCAUCCGAGAUGUCUGUACGAUUACCUCUGCACCAACUCCUUCUCGGCUUUCCCUUUUGCGCUCUGCUCGAACUGGGACCGCCUUUGCAACCGGCUCUCCUCUCAUAUUACAGAGAUCUUAUCAUCAAAGGAAGCCUGCAUGCAACGCAAUGCGACUUACCAUUAGAUGUGAGCAAAAUACCCAAGAGGGGAACAGCUUGGAUGUAUGGCUAGGCCGGUUUGCAAUGGUUGGCUUUGCAGCAGCUAUAAGUGUUGAGAUUGGAACUGGAAAGGGACUUCUGGAGAAUUUUGGGCUCACAAGUCCCCUACCUACUGUUGCCUUGGCUGUUACAGCAUUAGUAGGAGUUCUAACAGCAGUUUUCAUCUUCCAGUCCGCCUCAAAAAAUACCACUGUCCCAUUCUGGUGUUCGCUUGAAACCCAAGAAAUCUCCUCUGUUUUGUUUAUUUCUUCCUGCAACUGGUUGUUGCGUUCCAUAGAUCUUCCUUCAUAUCACACUUUCUUGCCUUCUAUCAAAAGGGAUUUUUCUUCUCGGUUUAUACAACUUGUUUCUCUCCUGAUAGUUUCCUUAUUUAUGUUUUUGUUUCGUGGAAUGGGUACAACCAUUUCUCGACUAGCGAAGAGGUUCUUCACAAAGAAUGAAAUGAAGAUUUUAAUGGUGGGUCUUGAUGCUUCCGGAAAAACAACCAUACUUUACAAGCUAAAAUUGGGAGCGACUGUUGCAACAAUUCCCACUAUUGGGUUUAAUACGGAGGCAGUGGAGUAUAAAAGUAUUAGCUUCACAAUAUGGGAUGCAGGAGGACGAGAUAAGAUUAGACCACUAUGGAGGCAACACUUCCAGAAUGCACAAGGACUUAUCUUUGUGGUGGACAGUAAUGACAGGGAAAGAGUCGCAGAAGCUCGGAAUGAGCUACAUCGUAUUUUAAACGAGAAGGAACUAAGCAAUGUGAUACUCCUGGUCUUUGCCAACAAGCAAGACCUUCCAAAUUCCAUGCCUCCUGCUGAGGUUGCUGAUCAACUCGGCUUACACUCACUCAAACACCGUCCUUGGUACAUCCAGAGUACUUCUGCCGCUUCUGGGGAAGGACUCUAUGAAGGUCUUGAAUGGCUAUCUGAGAAUAUUCUAACAAGGCAGCAUGAUCCAGGCUCUUGUAUAGAUUCUUCUGCUAAAUAGUGCAAACCAGAACCAAAUUGGUAAGCACCAAAACCUAAAACCUUAGGGGGAAUAAUAAUAAUAAUAAUAAUAAUAAUAAUAAAACUCUGCAACAUGGUCCAAAAAUGGUGUUUACGUGGAAUUUCGCUUCCUUGUGCUCUUUUGCAGGCUAUGCAGAUGUAACAGCAUUAGCUAGUUGUUUGUAUGCAUGCAGUGCAGAACCAUAUGAUAACCCAUGUCUAUGUGAGCCUGCUGUCUUAACCUGUACUGCUAUACUAUUAACUGGAGCUGUUGAUUUUUCUACUA